AUGGCGUCCGGAACAACUGACCAGUCACUCUUGUAUGAGGAGGAACCACAACUCCAUCAUCAUAUCAAGAGUGACAAAGACCACGAGCCUGGAAAUACACCCGAAAACAUGUCUGCGAAUAAUCCAGCACCCGAUGGCGGGAUCCGCGCUUGGUUCGUCGCCGGCGGCGCUGCAUCGAUCUUCUUGUGCACUCUCGGCGUCGCAAACUCGUUUGGCACAUUCGAACAGUACUACCUGAGUCAUCAACUGAAGGGGGAUUCGGCGUCCAAGAUAUCUUGGAUUGGAUCUCUGCAGUCCUUUCUCCAGCUCUUCGCAGGUAUGCUUGGCGGUCCGCUGUUCGACCGCUACGGCUCCCUGGUCAUCUACCCCCUCGGCGUCCUGAUGGGCAUCGUCAUGGGUUUCCUGCAGAUCCCAGCGUUCGCCGCCGUGUCGCAGUAUUUUGACAGGAAACGUGCAGCAGCCUUGGGUCCUGCCGUGUCCGGUUCGUCAAUCGGCGGGAUCAUCCUACCGAUCAUCCUGUCCAAGAUGCUCAACGACUCGUCGCUCGGCUUUGCAUGGACAGUCCGCGUCGUGGGUUUUAUCAUCCUGCCCCGUCAAGCCGCGCCUGCCGCCUUUGCCACCUGCCCCAAGAACCCGCAGGAGGUCGGCACUUACAUGGGUAUGGGCAUGGCUGUGGCCGGCCUGGUGGCAUUGAUCCGGCCGCCCAUUAACGGGGCGAUCCUCGAUGCAUCGGGAGGGUUCUUUCCGGUCUGUAUGUUCAGCGGUGCCAUGGCGGUUGUUGGGGGGUUCGUCGCGUUUGCGGGCAAGUCUUUGACCAGCGAGGGUCUGCUAGGGUGGGUUUGA